GGCGAUGUGAAAUUACAAUUUGAAACGGCAACAAAUCACAAGAUGGCUGCCCGAAAUAGACCGCGUGGUCUAGUCAAAGAAGACGUCGCUGAUGCUCAUGAAGAGCGAAAUAUGUGGAAUCAAAUUGUGACCGACAUGAAGAAGCUCAAAGCCCUGCAUGCACGUGCCGCCGAAGUCUCCAAGUUGAUCGUCGAGACGGAAGAGCGACUGGCUGAACAAGGAACACCAACUGUGGCUGAGAUUGACUCGUUGCAACAUUUGUAUCGAGAAGGGCUCAAAUUAGCAGAGGAGGAGCAAAAAAUUCUCAAAGAGGAACCAAAUGAUGUGGUUAAAAAUAUAAGCAUCCUUACUGCGCUUCGGAGCGCCAGUGAGACAGAUCCGCCGCGCUCAAGUAACCCUCUUAAGCCCCGUAAUCCCAAGCGAAGGCUUGAGACAGACGGGGCGGGAGACUCUCCUGGUCCUUCCUCUGGGACUUCCAGUGCUGGUCAACGCUUCAAAGGGUCCAAUGGUAGAAGUACCUCUGUUCCGUUCGGAAGAGAGGGCCGCGAGGUCACUGUGAAACUGGAGGAUGGCGCGGAGACACCCAAAAACCCGUUUGCUGAGAAAUAUGGGCAGCUGGUUGUUGGUGCUGAUGUGGCCUAUAAACAGAGCAAAGCAAAAGGCGUUGAGGGAGACUGGAUCCAGUGCAACAUAUCAGCCGUUCUUGGCGAAGGCAACAAGCGGCGAUACGAGGUGCAGGAUGCCGCGCCGGAGGAUAACGGCGCACCAGCUGCCACUUACAAAACUUCCGCAGCCUCGCUGAUCGUCAUCCCAGCCCAGGGUACCCCGCUGCCGGAAUAUCCAAAAGGCAAGCAAGUCCUCGCUCUGUAUCCGGACACUACUACCUUUUACCGAGCAGAGGUGAUGCGAACUAAGAACAAUACCUGUGUGCUUAAAUUUGAAGGUGAAGACGAAAUCAACAAGGAAAUGGAAGUAGACAGGCGCUUUGUGCUGGAUGUGUCCAAAUAA